GAGAGUGAAACAAAGGAGGAGGUGGAAAGUAAGGGAAGUCAAACUUCAGUGCCACAUAGAGUCAACGUUGCUUGUUGUCGUUUACUGGCUGCCGUUGUUGCUGUGUAGCUUUUUACUGAGAGAGAAGAGCUUUUGAGUUCUUGUGUCUUGCUUGUAUGAGGUUGGGAAGAAAAUGGUGCGAUGAUUGUAAGAUACAUGUUUCUUCCCGGUGGAUAUACGCGAAACAGGUGUAGAUGUUAUCGGCAUAUUUUCAGCAAUGAUGCCAAGGAAACCUCGGCCACGGAGGGACAGGUCUGAAGUUAGCUGUUGCAUAAAAUACUUGGUAUUUGGUUUCAACGUUAUAUUUUGGCUGAUUGGCGGUGCACUAUGUGCCAUUGGACUGUGGGCAUGGACGGAAAAGGAUAUGUUCCACAACAUUGGCAAGCUGACCAACGUUGCCCUUGACCCAGCCCUUCUGUUCAUCAUUGUUGGUGGGGUCAUGUUCAUUAUUGGUUUCACAGUAUGUAUUGGAGCACUCAGGGAAAACACUGUUUUGUUGUUGAUUUUUUCCAUAUUUGUUGGAGUAAUAUUUUUCCUGGAACUCAUUGGUGGCAUUCUUGGAUUUGUUUAUAAAGACUGGGUAAAAUCACAGAUAGAAGAUCAAGUAAGGAAAAUGAUUAUUUCUUAUCGAAAAGAUGAAGAUUUACAAAAUCUAAUUGACUGGGUCCAGAGAGGCUGGUUACAAUGCUGUGGAGUUGAGACAUAUAAGGAUUGGGAACUUAACAUGUAUUUCAAUUGUUCUUCACCUGGCAGAGAAGCUUGUGGAGUUCCUUUUUCUUGCUGUAAACCCACAGAGUCAGUGAUAAUUAACAAGCAAUGUGGUUAUGAUAUGAUGAAAACAGAACAUGAGAUUGAUAAAGAUCGAAUAAUUUGGACUUUGGGUUGUAUCCCAGCUGGUGAACAAUGGUUAGAAGCUAACCUCAUUCCUGUAGCAGGAGUACUUGUAGGCAUUGCAUUAUUACAGAUUCUUGGUAUUUGUUUUGCACAGAACUUACGAAGUGAUAUCCAAGCACAACGAACAUUAUGGUACUAUACCUUCUGAGUAAUGUUGACUUACAGCUCUUAGUUGUCUGUUCCUCAAAAAUAUUCCGGGAAUAUUCUAUGCACAGAAAUAUUGCUGAUAAACUGUUUGUGUGAGUGCAUGUGCGUGUGUAUGUGUGCAUGCAUGUCUGCUCAUGUGUGUAAUGCUGUAAAGGCAGUUGUUUGGAAUCACAGCAUUAUGAAGAGGUAGCAUUGAGAGCCUACAUUCAUAUAUAAAUAUAUAUAUAUAUAUAUAUAUACACACACACACACACACACACACACACACAUACACAUACAAGCAUAUAUAUAUAUAUAUAUAUAUAUAUAUAUACAUACACAUAUAUAUAUAUGAAUUACAGGGUUGUAUGUUCAUGGUUAGAAAAGGGCAUAUAGACCCUUCUACAAGAAACAGUUUGUUGUUUAUUUUUUUCUUCAUUUAUCAAGGACAGUUAUACAGCUAUAACCAACACCAUGACAUUGACAUCCUCUCUCUCUCUCUCUCUCUCUCCCUCUCAGAUUCUACAUGUAUUUGUCUUUAUUUAUUGUUAUCAUUACCAUUCAUUUUCCUUUUCUUUAAACGACAGGAUGGAGUGACAGAAUCUUUGGAACACUGGGCAAAAAUGCCUUGCAGUUUUUAGUUAUGUCCCACUUUUACACGUUCAGAGUUCAAAUCCUGCUGAGGUCCCCUUUUGUUUAUCAUCCUUCUAAGGUGGGGGUGGAUGGAUUGAUUAAAUAAAGUACCAGUCAAGUACUGGAGUGGGGGGGGUCAAUGUAAUCGACCAUGCCCCCCUUCCCUCCUCCUCCCCCCUCACUCCACAUGUGUGGCCUUGUGCCUAUCAAAAUUUUUUUUUUUUUUUUUUGGCGAAGAACAUGACAAAAUAGGACCAUUGAAAAUAUAGUACAUAUUAGCAACAUUCCACAGGUAGUGUGAAUUUACACACACACACACACAUAUUACAUACACUCACACAUACAUAUUUGAAAGUUAGGCAAAAGAGGAAGAAAGAGGGUGAAAUAUGGAAAGACUUGGGUGCAUUUGUAAAUAAUUCUCCCUACCAUCAAGUUAAUGAAUAUAGGUGUUAAAAAAAAACGUUUUUUGUUGCUUUUUUUUUUUUUAUAAAAGAUCCCAUUCAUCCAUUUCAUCAAUACAUGAAAGCAAGUACAUAAGAUGAAGGAAAAAAAUAGCGUCUCAUUGCCAACCAACCACACUACCUACUGACCUACUGAAGAAACAAGCAUGCAAGCAUGGCUUUACAUUACAAGACUAUGCUUUCAAGCAUUUGUAUCUUUUUCAUUUUAUAUUGAUGACUAAAGAUUGCAGGGUCUACACGAGUUGUGAUUUAAUCCAAGUUCCCACUUUUUUUUUUUUUUUUUUUUUUUUUUUUUUUUCUGAUUUCAUGUUGUUUUUGCUUCACUUUUCACAUAUUCCUAGUGUGCUUUUUCACACUCAAGAAAAAUGGCCCUCCUCUAUUCAUAAGUGUUACAAAUGAAACUUUCAAUUUCUCAGCUCCUGAAUAAUAAUAACAAUGCUUCUAAUUUAGGUACAAGGCUAGCAAUUGUGAGGAGGAGAGCAUUAGUAGACAGCAUUAGGCUGCUUCUUUAUUGACCCCCUUGUGGGGAUAAAUGACAAAGUUAACUUCAACAUUAUUUGAAUUCAGGUAAAAAGCAGGAAGAAAUUCCCAAAGCUUUUUCUCUGAUAUUCUUACCAUUUUGCCCUAAUAAUAAUAAGUAAAAGAUGGGCUACAGCAAAUAUUCUGCUCAAUACCACCACAGAUUUGCCUGUCAGUUGCUUGACCGUAACCAGUUGAGCAUGUCCAUAGCUGUUGAUAUGUGCAUCUCUGAUCAUGAACAGGAGCAGUGGGGAAGCAUUAUAGCCAUGUGUUGAGAGGAAUUCUUUGUGGUUUGAAUAAUUCAGUCCUGGAAACAAGGGUGUUUUGUUCACCAUCCUUAAGUGACCCUUAUUUAGGGACCUUUUGAGCAGGAUGGGCUACUCAACCAGAAGAAAAUUCUAACUAGCCCUCCCACCACUGCAAGGUCAUGCAUGGUUUAUCCUGAUAUGAGGUCAUCCUGUCAUGCACAUAUGGUUGUACCCUUAUCAGACAAGUAGUCAUGAUGAGUAUGUUGAGCUUUGUAUAUUUGUACUCCAAUGUCAUUUUGAUGGCAUGCAUUACUCUCUCACUCAAUAAUGAUGAACUCUCCUGUCUGAGGCAAUGUAUGAGUGCUCAGUUUUUGCAGAACAGCCUGCACAAAUACAGGUUCACAGUGUAUCACACGUCAGGCGUUAAAGGGACUGCAGAGCAAUGUAAGAUGAAUUGCUUUGCUCAAGAAAACAACACACCAGCCAGUCCAGGAAUUACAACCAUGAUCUCGUGAUCAUGAGUGUAACACCCUAACUACUAGGCCAUGCGUCCUCAUUCAAUGAUAAUAUAAUAAUAAUAAUAAUAAUAAUAAUAAUAAUAAUAAUCUGUGUGUGCAGAAAGAAGUAGUAUAUUACCAUAUGUCUGUUGUCUUCAAUUGUUCUUUAAUUGGAUUUGGCUGAAUCAGUAGAGGAUUGGACACACACAAAAAAAUAUACCAAAUGGUAUUUAAUUGUGUUCAUCUCCGUCCUGAGUUUUGAUUCCAGCAGGGUUAACUUUGCCAUUUAUUCCUACCAGGUUCAAUAAACUAACUACCACCUCCAGUCAGCAAAUAGGAAUUGAUUUUUUUUUUCCAGUUAACUUACAGCCCCAGGCUCACUUGCUUCAUCUGGGUGUGGGGUUGGUACUGUGGUUGAUUUGUUGCAAAUUAUUAUUGAUGUUGCUCUUAUACUAAAUGUGGUUGUUGGAAGAAUUGGCAGAAGCUGGAUGACUAAAUGCCUUGCAAUAUUUAGUUGACAUUACAAUAUAAUUUCCAGCCCUCUUGGGGUAAUUUUGUUUUUUUCUUAUAAAAUAAAGUACCAGUCAAAUGCUGUGAGUGACUGAAUAGAUGAUAACCACACCCUCAACCAAUUUUGGACAUAUGCUUAUGUACAAUAUUAUUAUUAUUAUUGGUAUAUAAUUAUUAUUAUAGUGCAUUGACAGAAUCUUUACAACAUCAGAAAAAAUUUAUUUGUUGAAUUUCUUCCUAUUUGCUAUGUUCUGUGAUCAAAUCUUACAGUGGUCAACUUUGCUUUUCAUCCCUCUGGGUUCAAUGGAAACGGUUAUCAGUCAUGUACUAAGGUUGACAAGCUCAUCUAACCCUCUCUCCUCAAAAUUGCUAGCCUUGUGCUUAAAUCAUUAUUAUUAUUAUUAUUACUAUUAUUGUGGUGGUGAGCUGGUAGAAUCAUUAUCACCCCCAACAAAAUGCUUUGGGACAUUUCUUCCGGCUUUUGCACUCUGAGUUCAAAUUCUGCCAAGGUUGACUUUGCCUUUCGUCCUUUUGGGGUUUCAUAAAAUAAGUACUAGUUGAACACUGGGGACAAUGUAACUGACUUCUUCAUGCCUCAAAUUGCUGGUCUUUUCUCAAAAUAAGGAAGGAUUAUUAUUUUUAUUAUUCAGUUCAAAUGUUACCAAGGUUGACUUUGCCUUUCAUCAUUUUAGGAUAAAUGAAAUAAAGUACCUGUUCAAUGUUUGGGUAGAUGUCAUUGACUGACCCUUUCAUUACUCCCACCCCAAAAUUCUUGGCCUUGUGUAUACAGUAGAAAGAAUUAUUAUUAUUCUUAUUAAGGUGGUGAACUGGCAGAAUCGUUAGCAUGCUGGACAAAAUGCUUAGUGGCGUUUCAUCCAUCUUUAUGUUCUGAGUUCAAAUUCCACCAAGGUUGGCUUUGCUUUUCAUCUUUUUAGGGUUGAUGAAAUAAGUACCAGUCAAGAACUAGGGUCGAUGUAAUUGUCUAGCCCCUUCCCCCCCACCCAACAAUUUCGGGCCUUGUGCCUAUGGUAGAAAGUAUUAAUAUUAAUCUGUCCGAACACAUGAUUGCCUCUCUAGAGCUCAUGCCAUGACAUGGUAAAAUGCUCCUGGUAUACUCGAUAAAGUAGUUGAUGUUAGGAAGGGUAUCCGACUUCAGAAACCAAGCCCAAAAUGGAAUGUUUUGAGCUGCUACCUGCUAGGAGGAUAGUAACUGAAUAAGAACUGACUUAACUUGUGAUGAGCUGUACCACCAAUGCAAGAAUGGGAAGCAGAUGUGAAAAUGAUGAAUUUUUAUUUUAGAUUAAGUGCAGUGUAAGAAUUGAGGUAAGAGAUUUUGGGGGAACAGGAACAUAAACGGUGAGGCUGAAAAACUGCAUUAAGAGAGGACAUGCGAGAUAAGUUUGCAUUUGGUGAGUUGAGUCUUGACUUAAUAAAUAUAUCUCCUGGCAUAGAAAUUGAGAAGUAAAUAAUUUACUUUAAAAUUCUCAAAUUGAAUGUUGUGAAGAGGGUAUAAACACACACACACAGAUAUGGACAUACAUACACUCCGAAGCACAUGUAUUUUUAUAUGUGUAUACCUAUCUAUAUGUGUGUAUGAAAUAUUCCACUGCUUCACUUUUUUUUUUUUUUUUUUUUUUUUUUUGCUGUGUGUGACUAGAAAAUGAAUAGACAAACUUGCUUGGGUGGAGGGGUCUUUGAAACUCUACAUAUAUUCAGUACUCUUUCUCUCAUUCUCCUUCCAAGUGUGUGCAUGCGCACAUGCACACGCACACACACACACACACACACACACACACACACACACAACAUACUACAUGCACACAUUACAGAGUCAGGAUAUUGAGCCUCAAGAAAGAAAACUAAAGUUUUAAUAUUUUUAGAAGUUGAACAAAAAUGUCUAUGUAUGAAAUACGGUUCAUGUAUUUUUCCCAAAUUAUUUUUGCAUCUGUUCUUUCCCCUCUCACUCUUCCUUGUCACCAUACUACUUUCUUUCAUUCCUUAAACUGCAAAAAGAUGUUGGUGCGGAAACAAAAUGAGGUUAAUUAAAACUGUUGACCUGGUGAAGUUAACCAGGAUGUCUUUAAUGGCUAUUUGGCUGAUAGCAGUCAUAUGACAUCCCAAGCUCCCUCUUAAUAUUGCUGUUAUUAUUUGGACUUUAUUAAUAUUGUUUGAAACAGAAUCAAACUAAGUUACACACACACACACACACACACACACACACACACACACACACACCACACACAUCUAAGCUCCUGUUAGCCAUGACUGACCAUGAGUUACAUCAUUGAUGUGUUUUAUGAUUUGGAAGCAGCAUCAUAUUCUUGUUUCCAGACAUCACAUCUGCUUGAGUUCAUUUCUAUGUCCCUGCUUUUCCCAUCUUCAGGUAACUGCUCAGCAUAUCCCUCCAAUUCACAUCUGCUUCCUAACACACAUGCACACACCAAUGCAUAGGCAUGACUGCGUGGUUUUAAGUUCAAUCUCACAGUAUGGCACUGAAAGCUGGUGUUUUCUACUGUGACUUCAGCUCAGCCAACACCUUGGGUGAAAUUGGUGCACGGAAACUGCAAGGAAGCUCAUUGUGUGCAUGCAUGUGUGAGAGCAUAAAUGUUGAUUCAACAUAAGUUAACGACAUGCUGAGUGAAAGACAGUGACAUUGUUUACUUUCUCCCAUGAACAACUGUUCUAUGGUUGUGUGACAGGAAGAGCAUUCAGCUAUGGAAAAAUUUGCCUCAGUAAAAUUUUGAUUUAACCCAGUGUUUCUCUUGCAUCCCACUUUGAUUUUCAAAGGAAAAAAAAAAUGCAUCCCCACUAUUAACAGACAAGUUAUAUAGCAACAUAUUAAGUUUUAUUCACUUGUUACUUACUUCCACCUCAUCUUGAGAAACACUGCUCUCACCCAUGUCAGCUUGGGAGAAUAGACUUAAAAACAAUAACACACACACAUGGUAUGUGUUGUUGUAUGCAAAUAUCAAAAUAACUAUAACAAUUUCGAUAACUUUCUCAGAGAUGUGGAGUGAGUGCAUUUGUCUUUAUAGAAAAGUAUAUUUAAUAGUAAAAGAGUAAAAUUACUCUCAUGCAUUGUCACUAUCAGUAGGUACAGGAAUGGCUCUAUGGUUAAGAAGUUUGCUUUCCGACCAUGUAAUUUUGGGUUCAGUCCCACAGCAUGGCAUCUUGGAAAAGUGUCUCUUGCUAUAGCUCUGAGUCAACCAAUGUCUUUUGAGUAAAAUUCCUUGAUAGAAACUCUUCAGAAGCCUGUUGUAUAUGUGUCCAUAUGUGUAUGAAUGUUAUUCUGAGCUUUGCUUGUCACCAUCCGAACAAAACAUUUAUAUGAUGUUUGCACUUCUUGUUGACAUUAUAUCCUUGGCUCUGCACUUUCAAAAAAACUUGUGGAAUAAAAGAAAAAAUAUAUUUAAAAAAUCACUUACUUGGAAAAUAGGUAAAAGUUUACAACUGGAAAUAAAAAUCAUCUGGCUUUAAAAUCCUGCCUCAUUUAAGUCCGUUUUUAACACACACACACACACACACACACGUUUGCAUAAGGUGGGAAGGUGUGGGUGGAAGAGCUGAAGAAAUUAAGUUAGCAGAAAUGAAGAAAAGAUAACUCAUACCAGUGAAGUUGUCUAAAUGCCAUCAAGAAUGGCAAUGAUAACCAAUGUUUCAUAAUUAUGAUUUGUUGAUUAUACUUCUCCAUAGCUUGUUAUGUCUGCUGUGCAUUGCUUAUGUUCAAUAUAAUCCAAUUAGCUUUGUAUUUUUGUUAUUGUUUUUCAGAUUUUCGUUUUGUUUUUAAUUUUCUCUUGUUUAUAAAUUAAUCCAAAACACUGAAAAUAACUUCCCAGUAAUAAUAAUUAUAAUGACGGUAAUAAUAAUAAUUGUUGUAAUUAUUACCAUUACUUUAUGUUCUUAAAAUCAAAUCCCACCGUGUUCAGAGCAAUGGAUUGACAGAAUCAUUGGAGCAUCAGAAGAAAUGUCUUGCAAUAUUUUUUUUUCUGGCUCUUUAUGUUCUGUUGUCAGCUUUGCUUUUCAUCCUCCUGGGGUCAAUGAAAUAAAAUACCAGUCAUGUACUACUAGAGUUAGUGGUAUUAAUGAACUACCUCCCUUUAAAAUUGCUGGCCUUGUGCCUAAAUCAAACAAUUCGUAUUAGUUUACAUAUAUUUUCCAUGAAUAAGUUACAAGUCAGGGCAGGUAGUAAUUGGUUAAUUACAGAAGUUAGUGAAAUACAAAAAGAAAACCAAAAAAACCCAACAUUCUAGCAUUUGCAUUUGUUCUUUUGUUGUUGUUGUUUGUUGUUGUUGUUUCGCUCCGGGUAAGCCCUAAUUGAGCAAACUUAUAAUCAAAGAUGUUCCAGCCUUGAACAACCCAUAUUUUUGUUACUGGACAAUGUAGUCCUGGACAUAUGUCCUAAGACGAUAGAGUAUGAUCUGAGGGAGAUACAGCUGCUAUGUCUAGCAGGCUGAGUGACUGCAUAAUCUCGUGGUUUUGUUUUCAUUAUAUUAUUUACCUCAGCGCUGAUUAGCAAGAGGUAAGUGCCUCACAAAUCAAGUCUUUAGUGUGAGUUUGAUUCCUGGUCCAAAGCUCCCACCCCCCACCUCAAGAAUAAAUAUAGAAUUUUCUAUUUACUUCUGAAAUUAUAGAUCCCCUCAUUUUUUUUUCUUUCCAUAACCAAAGCCAUCCAAUAUUUUGUCAUACAUAUGUGACAAACAAAUUGAGUCAAAUUCUAGUCUUUUUUUCUUUUUCUUUUUCUUUUUUUAAGUUACAAUUGUCUGCACUCAGUUCAAAUCCCACCAAGGUCCACAAACAUUUUAUCCUUUCAGGAUUAAAAAAAAAAAUACUAAUCCAGAAUAGUGGAUUGGUGGUACUGUAAGAACGUCAAACUAGAUUCCUUGUGGUAUUUAUCCUUGCUGUUUACGUUUUGAGAUAAAAUCCUAUGAUGGCCUUCCUGGGUGGUAGUCUUAAUCCAUCACCUGGUUUACCAACUACACUUGGGACUUUGGGUGUCUUUAGCAGAGUCCACUCCAUUGCAAGCAGUCAGACCAAGUUUCCCAUUUUAGGAUGCCUUCUUCUCUUCCUCCCAUCAAUCUCAGAGGCCCUGUAAACAGUCCUGGCCACUGCAUUCCCUCAUCACUAAAAGAUGAAAAUAAAAUAGCAAAUACUGUUCUAUAUUUUAGAGAUGAGGAAUUCUGUACAUUAUUUACAUUGGACAGAUAUAUGUCCUCAUCUUGUUUAUUGUUACCACAUUUCGGCUGAUUUACUCUCCAGCCUUCAUCAGGUGUUCUGGUGGAAUUUUGAACCUAGCACUGGGUUCUCAUUCCUAAAGUAUUUUUUGCUGAUAUUAUUAUUAUUUAUUCAAGGUACAGCCUGGAAUUGAACUCAGUGCCUUGAAUAAAUAAUAAUAAUAAUAAUAAUAGUAGUAACAUCAGCAAAAUGUACCUUAGGAAUGAGAACCCAGGGUUGAGUUCAAAAUUCCUCCAGGACACCUGAGGAAGGCUGGAGAGUAAAUCAGCCGAAACGUUGUGGUAACAACAAACAAGAUGUGGACAAAUAUCCGUCAAUUGUAAAUAAUGUAUAAAAUAGCAAAAAUCAAAGGAGAAAUUAUCCAUCUUAGAGGAAACAGUUACUAGACAGAUUUACCAUUAUAUUAUGCGAAAGAGUGGUGGUAAGCUGGCAGAAUCAUUAGAACAUCAGACGAAGGCUUCAUGGCAUUUCUUCCGGCUUUUACAUUCUGAGUUCAAAUACUGCUAAGGUUGACUUUGCUUUUCAUCUUUGUGGGGUUGAUAAAAUAAGCACCAGUUGAGCAUUGGGCUUGAUGUAUCUGACUAGCCCUCUCCACCUUGUGCUUAUUAGAGAGAGGAUUACACAAGAGAGUGAAAACGAAGCUUGCUGUUUGCAUUUUGCCAUUAUACCAUGGAGGUUUACCAUUGCAUUAUAAUAAACCUGCAAAAAGUUUGAAGCUCAGCAUUGCAAUGGAAUUUAACAAAACAACUUGUCAGCUGCACUACCUCUCUCCACCACAUGUAUACUGUUUCUUGCAGUGAGCUGUAUUUCCCCCCUACUUUGCUACAAGUUUGUAUGUAGGUCUACAAGAGUUGUUUAUAGUUAAGUAUGCUAACGAAGGACACCAGGCAUGCAAGGUCAAUCAAAGGAUACAAAGUGCCAACCCUGUAGUUGGAAGGCCAAAACUUGGUCAAGAAUUCUAGAUUUUCAUUACAAAGAUGCAAUAACUUAAAAUUUACAAUUUUCACAGUAUUAAUGUCUGCUUUUGUGUUUCUAUAUCCUUACACCAUAUUCUGAUCUGUAUAUGUUUCUCUCAAUUGUUCUUCAGAUUCUUCCAUUCUCUCUCUCACACACACACACACACACAACUUUCUUGGUUGGGUUUGAACUUGUUAGCUUUGAGUUUUCAAUGAGUUGUGGCUGAAUGGUUAAGAAUACUUAUAUAUAAAGAAAAACAAAAAAAUUAUUCUUAGAAGUAACAGUUGUGAGUUCAAAUGUAGCUGAAUACUUAUCAGUUGAAACCUUAUAUUGACUACUGAACAAAAAGUAUGAGUUAGUUCUAUCUACAAAUCUCAUAUUUUAGUGAUAAGUCUCCAAAAGAAAUUUAGAUAUAAUUCAUAUUCAUUAUAUAAUAAGUGUAUUGUAUUAUGCGAAUAAGGGUUUAUGAUUUUCUUUUUUGUUUUUAAUUUUUAACAACUUCAGGCAAAUACUAUUUUGACAUUCCAUUAUAUAUUAAGAUCAAAGCUGUCCAGCAUGUAAUAUUCCAUAAUUUCAACUUAGCUGUCAAUGCAUUGAUGCCAUAGGUAACUCAUGAAAAACUCUAGUUUUUCUUUUAUAAUUUUUACAUUAUUAUUAUUAUUAAUAAUAAUAAUAAUAAGCGGAGUAGAUUGGCAGAAUCACUAGAGAAUUGGACAAAAUACCUUGUGGUUUUAUUUGUUCUGAAUUUUUAUGUUCUGUGUUCAGAUCUUGCCAUGGUCAGCUUUUGUCUUUCAUCCUUUUGGGGGUUGAUAAAAUAAAGUACUGGGGUCAGUUUCAAUCAAGUAAAUCAUCCUUCAAAUUUUAGGCCAUGUGCUUUUGUUAGGAACCCUUAUAAUUAAUUAAAAGCAACAAUUAUUAUUUAUUAAUAGUGAUAGUAGAGUGCAGAUUAAUGUCUUGUGGUUGGGGGCAUUAAGCAUUUACUUAUCACUUCACAUUGAGUUCAAAUCCUGCCAUGGUAUACUUUGCCACUCAUCCUUCUUACGAGGGCUGAUAAAAUAAUUACCAGUUGUACUACUGCUACUGAAGUGGCAGAAUGGGUAAAGUGCCAGACAAAAAUAAUUGCCUUGCAGUGUUUAGGGUUUUUCCUUUCUUUCUUUCUUUUUUUUUUGUCCCUUUUUUUUUUAUAUAAUGGACUGGAAUCCUAAAGAAAGUUGUUUCAAUAAUCAAACCAGUCACGUAUACAGGUUGUCAAUUUGAAAUCAUUUAUACACCCUAACCCUACUUCCAUGCCACGUGAUCCCUCUCCACCCCCUGUGAAUUUGUGGCCCUGUGCCAAAGUCAAAAUAUCACCAUCACCAUCACCACCAUCAUCAUCAUCAUCAUUUUUUCUUUUCAUUUUGUUUCCAAAAUAAGUUGAAGAUUUUAAGCGAUGUGUAAAUAAAUAAAUGAAUAAAAUAACUGAAUAAAUAAAGGUAAAAAUAUAAUUAAAAAACACAAACUAAAAAAAAGACAAACUUUAAGAAAAUAUAACAAAGAAUAUAUUGUUGACUAUUUCUAUGUAUUGAUGUAUUUUAUCAGUUACCUGGUGUUGCUUUCUCAAAACUGUGCAAAGAAUAAAAACAAAAAUAUAAAAAUGAAGUUAAAAAUAAAGAGAUAAUAUUAAUAAUAAUAA